GCAAUUGCCGCAAUCGUUGGAGCGCUUGAUAAGGGGGAGCGCGCAAGUUUUCACUUUGCUCUACAACAGCUACUCAGUCUCGAACAGGCUGAGAAGAGACCUGAGGGCCCACAAGAAGUACCUCUUGGGCGAUACGGCCACACUGCAUGCCUAUGGAGCUCUUCCCCAUCCCCAGAAGACACUGAUUUCCCAAAUGAUGAAAAUUCAUCAACUCACGGGGCACAAUUGAUUAUCUUUGGGGGAUGUGGUGGGACAAAAUAUGAAAGAACUGCGCUGGCUGAUGUGUGGUCCUUGGACUGCGAGACCUGGGCAUGGCAGCAGCACAUAUACACAGGAACAGCGCCUGCUCCGCGGCAAGGGCAUUCUGCAGUAGUAAAAGGCAACAAAAUGUUUGUCUUUGGUGGCUGGAGUAGUGAAGGCAAUUACAACGAUCUUUUUGCGUAUGAUUUGCGAAGCCGUGACUGGUGUGAAAUCGACGCUCCUUGGCCCGGUGGGGGUGCGCGCUGGAACAUGUGUGGGUUGCUUGUUCAUGCACGACCCAGCACAAAAUUCUUUGUUUUUGGAGGCGCAUCUGGCGAGACUUCAGAGCAGCCAAGGAGAUUCCAGACAGGACUGUGCUCGGACAUUGGUGUUUUGACUCUCGGAGAGCAGCUCAAUUGGGACGUUGUGUCUACUAUCUCUGCCGCAACAGCGGCUGCAGAGCACCGUGAAACCUUGGAAAAAUCAGGAACCCUCAAGCGCAGAACGCAUGGCAGCAUUGAAAGUGCUGCACUUCAGGUUGCAGCACAGGCUGCCGACCUUCCUUCGCCACGAGAGGGUGCAACGAUGGCAUACUUUGCUGAGGACUCAACGCUGUUAAUAUUUGGUGGCUGGAGUGGAAAGUGGCUUGGCGAUCUGUGGGCAUGUUGCGUCUCCUCCGUCGUUGGGCCUCCAUACGCAGUCCUAAGCGUAUCUCCACCUUACGGCCCAGUUACAGGAGCAACUAAGAUUAGUCUCAAAGGAGCAGGGUUUUCUCCAGGGGCCAUAUGUGUUCGCUUUUCUUGUAGCAACUUCUUUUUGGAUGUUCCCGGUACCUUUGUGUCUUCAACAGAAAUUCAGGCCGUAACGCCGAAUGUUAAAACUACCUUUGGUGGGUUAGGCCACGCUCACCAAUUUUUAAUGACCUUUUCCUGUUUUUCAGGCCCGCGCACAUGCGAGAUUCGCGUGAAGAUUGGCGGGAAAGACUUGACUUCUUCUUUAUGUUCGUUUCAGUUCUUUGCGAAUUCUUGUGCAUCGUGUUGCCUUGCCGUGGGGCCUGGGCUCCUAAAUGACGGAAUUCCUGGUGUACCGACAUCAUUCUUCAUCGAAGCCAGGAAUGCACAAAAUGAGAAGAGAACUACAGGAGGCGACAAAUUUAUAGUAAAGGCGCUUGUUCUUCCAGAGCAGCCGUCGAGUCUCCAACAGGCUAGUGAUGAGCCAACAAUAACUGACGCCCCUUCAGAAAUUCCCUUACAGCUCCCCGUAUGCGUAGACGACUACGAAAAUGGCACGUAUCUGGCUACUUAUACUGCGCCUUUCCCGGGGAGGGUUUCUGUACAAAUUCUUCUUGAUUCACAAGAUGGAACGCCAGUCCAGGACAUUCGAGGAUCACCAUUUUUGGCCACAUUCGUAGAAAAGCCACGGCCCAGAGCAAACGAGUUCUCUGGGCCUACAGUUGCUGCGUUUGUUGCGAAUGCCAUGAGCCUUCUUGAGAAAUUCUGCCUGCGCACGGAAGCAGGACUCCAGGUACUCGUGAAACCUGGUGACCGUCGCAGUCUAUUAGAGUCCAGACAGCAUAUUAAAAAUGUUGAAAUUUUCCAGAGUGAACAUGACUUAUAUCUCGAAGUGCUCCACGUUGCUUUGGAAAAGUUACACGAGUUCGGUGCCAGCGUCGAUUCGAGCAAUAGGGCCCUAAGGAAAAUACGCGAAAGACGAACUGCCUUGGAGGCUUUAGCCCAGAACCGGAGGCAAGAACUGGCAGGGUUAUUUGAAGAAGAAGCGGCUAAGACACGCAGAGCUAUACAGGAACUAAACACAUACGUGUGCUCCUUACAAGAGACACUGGCUGAGGAACGCUUCUACUCUUUCCAAACGCCGCCAGCGGAAGCAAGAAGUAGAAUCAAAGAAAUUAUGGAGCGGACUGGUGAAAUGGUCCGAACGCUGGAGGCAUUGCAAGCCCCUGCAUCUUCAUUUGACUUUCCUGAGUUGCUCAAUGAAUCAAGAGAGAAACUUGUUUCCAUGGAGACAGAGCUACAAAAUGUAACGCAGUUUUGGAACGUUGCAGAGUCCAUGCUUCAGCAGAUUGAAGGCUUCCGAGAACUUCGUUGGCAAGACGUUGAUGGGGUUCAAAUUGAGAUAGCUAUUAAAGCAAUGCAAACGAACUUGCGCAAGAAUGUAAAGGUAGAUAAAAAGAGCGACGCAUACGUAGGGCUAGCGGCUGCCCUCAAAACUUGGGCUCAGAUUGCACCCCUAAUUACCGAGUUGCGUGGAGCCUACAUGCGUGACCGUCAUUGGAAUGAGCUUCUUGAGCUUGCACGGAAAUCUCUUCAAAUAUCUGCUGACACGCGGCUCGGCGAGAUAGAAGGCUUGAAUCUCCUUGCUUUGCAAGCGAGUGUUGAAGAGGUCUCUGACAAGGCAAAGCAAGAGGAGGCAAUCGAAAAGAACUUGACCCUCCUUGCAAAUACUUGGGAAAGUGCCUUGUUCGUACUCACGCCGGCUAGGCAGUCUAAUGUUAGCCUACUCUCCCUUUCGGAGGAGUGCAGCGAAAUGCUCGAGGAGCACCAGAUGCUGGUUCAAAACAUGAUUGCCUCGAAAUUCUUCGCAACUUUUGAGACUGAAGUGAUACAUUGGCAGAAGGUUCUUGCCACGGUCGGGGAGGUUACUCAACUAAUGCGUGAGGUGCAAAGGUCUUGGACCUUUCUGGAAAACCUGUUUCUUCACUCUGAAGAAGUAAAACGGGAACUUCCGGAGGAAGCCAAACGUUUUGUCGCGCUGGACCUUAGCAUGAAGCAGGUGUUACGGGAAGGAGCAGACAAUUCAAAGGUUAAAGAUUUCUGCGUCACGCCCGAAAUUGCGAAUCAGCUUGAUGAACUCCAGAAACAGCUUUCGAUGUGCGAGAAAGCCCUAAACGAAUUCAUGGACUCGAAACGGAAAACAUUUCCGCGCUUCUUCUUCGUCUCGUCAGUUGAUCUGCUGGAUAUUCUUUCCCACGGAAAUGACCCUCCAGCCGUCAUGGUGCAUAUGCCGAAGAUUUUCCAAGCGAUUCAGCAGUUCAACUGGAGGAACGCUCUACCGUCUGACAAGGAUCAAGGUAGACCUGUUGCUAUAGGAAUUACCUCAUGUGUUGGCAGUGAACAGCUUGCACUUCCUCAAGAAAUGGCGUUCAGAGGAAAAGUCGAGUGCUACCUGGACGACUGCAUAUCUAUGAUGCACUCAACAGUCCGCCACUAUCUAAAGAAAUCAUUUGCUGCGCGUUUGACAGCCUCAUCAAAAGUUGAUUGGCUAGUAUCAGAUCCAGCAGCCCAAGCAACGCUUUUGGUGAACACAGCCACUUGGGUUGCCCACAUAGAAGAUGCCUUUGCAAGCAUGCAGGAGAAUCCUGGUUCACUGGAAGCGUGCAUGGAGCGGCACGUCAGUGAGCUCCGUUCCUCAAUUACACUAGUUCAAGGCACGUUAACUCCUGCUAUUCGGCAAAAGCUAAUGUGCGUAAUCACAAUCGACACCCACGGCCGCGAUGUAAUCCAACGACUCCUGGCUGAGAAAGCCAGUUCGGUUGACUGCUUUCAGUGGCAGUCGCAGCUAAAGUAUUUCUGGGAUGCAGAAAACCAAGAGGUAGUUGUCCGAAUCACCGAUGCGUCAUUUGGCUACGGUUAUGAAUACCUUGGGAAUGGGCCUCGCCUGGUGGUUACUCCUUUGACCGAUCGGAUUUACGUGACAGCAACUCAGGCGUUGCACCUUGCUAUGGGCUGUGCACCAGCUGGCCCUGCGGGUACUGGCAAAACUGAAACUACUAAAGAUCUUGCGUCUGCCCUUGGCAAGGCAUGCUAUGUUUUCAACUGCUCGGAUCAAAUGGACUAUCAGUCCAUGGCAAAUAUUUUCAAGGGACUUGCGGCCUCCGGUUCUUGGGGUUGCUUUGACGAGUUUAAUCGACUUGUUCCCGCAGUGCUAAGCGUUUGUUCAGUGCAGUUUAAAGCUGUACUUGACGCCAUAAAGGCACACGCUAAGACGUUCUUCAUUCAAGGGGACGAAAUUGCACUCGACCCUACUUGUGGAGUGUUCAUUACUAUGAACCCAGGAUACUUAGGUCGAUCUGAGCUUCCUGAGGGCCUCAAAACUUUGUUCAGGCCAAUUACAGUCGUCGUUCCCGACCUAGAAUUAAUUUGCGAGAACAUGCUGAUGGCUGAAGGCUUCGUCGAAGCAAAAGAACUGGCUCGUAAAUUCACUCGGCUGUAUGCUUUGUGCAAAGAUUUGCUCUCCAGUGCACCGCACUAUGACUGGGGCCUGCGCGCUACCAAGUCUGUAUUGGUGGUAGCGGGAACGUUCAAAAGGCAAUGGCCUGACCUCUCCGAGCAGGCGAUCCUCAUGAAGGCACUGCGGGAUUCAAACCUGGCCAAAAUAGUGGCAGACGAUGCCAAAGUGUUUCAAGGCCUUUUGAGUGAUUUGUUUCCUGGAGUUGAGCCACCCCCCCAGACUGACGAAGCUUUUUCUGAAGCGGUGGUACGAAUCUGCAAUGAGAUGGGCCUAACAGUUAACGACAGUCUCUCCUUAAAAACUCUCCAGAUGAGAGACUUGCUGGCUAUUCGCAUGUGCGUCUUCGUCAUGGGGCGACCGGCGUCUGGGAAAAGCACAGUAUGGAAAGUCCUAGCAAAAGCUCAAGAUGCUCUUGGAAGCAAGACCACUAUAGUUGACAUCAAUCCGAAGUCUGUAACUACCGACGAGCUUUAUGGCUAUGUAAAGAUGUCAACCCGUGAAUGGCAAGAUGGGAUACUGUCAAAGACUAUGCGAUCGCUAGGGCAAGUUGGCGAUACAAUGCCAAAGUGGAUCGUCUUGGACGGUGAUCUGGAUGCGAACUGGAUUGAGUCAAUGAACUCUGUGAUGGACGAUAAUCGCAUACUAACACUCGCAUCAAAUGAACGCAUUCCACUCAAACCACAUAUGCGCAUGAUUUUCGAGAUUCGAGACCUCAACUAUGCGUCACCGGCCACUGUUUCCAGAGCAGGGAUCAUUUUCGUUAGCGACACGGCUGGGGAACAGUGGAGAAGCUACGCUCGCAGCUGGCUUCAACGUCAGUCCUGGUCGGAUUCAACCAAGGGGAUUAUAGGGAAGCUCUUUGAGAAAUAUUGUCCAGACACGCUUGACUUUAUUGAACGCCAGUGCAAGCUCAGCGUCCAAGUUUACAGUUUGCAAAUUGUAGCUGCAUUAUGCAACAUGCUAGAGGGUCUCUACCCCGAGGAACCGCAAGCUCCCGAAUUCGCCUUUGUAUUUUGCCUUGUUUGGGCGGCUGGAGGCAGUCUCCAAGAAAAAGACGGAAUUGACUAUCGUAGACAGUUUAGCAACUGGUGGCGCUCAGAGUGGAAAGUCAUUAAGUUCCCAAGCAAGGGAACAAUCUUCGAAUAUUUUGUCGAUGCUGCGAAGUUUGAAAGCUGGGAGUCACAGGUUCCCUGCUUUGACUUCCAGGGAACUCAGGGAAUCGACAACAUAUCUGUUCCAACUGCAGAAACUGUAUCAAUGCUACACUUCUGCAAGACCAUACUUAAGCUUCACGCUCCAGUCAUGUGCAUUGGCUCCUCUGGUUGCGGCAAGACCCAGUUGUGCAAAGCAGCUUUAGCUUCUCUGAGUCCUCAAAGCUACUCAGCAUUUACGGUCAAUUUCAACUUCUACACGGACUCAGCACUUUUGCAGACACUGCUCGAACAACCUCUGGAAAAGAAAGCCGGCAGGCAAUUUGGACCCCCCGGAAAGGUGCACCUGGUGUACUUCCUUGACGACUUAAACAUGCCUCAACUCGACCCAUACAACACGCAGAGUGCUAUAGCCCUCUUGAGGCAACAUUUGGAUUAUCAGCAUUGGCUUGAUAGAAACAAGAUGCAGAUAAAAGAUAUUGGAAACACACAAGUUUUGGCAGCGAUGAAUCCCACCGUAGGGUCCUUUGUCGUGAAUCCCCGCCUCAGUCGUCAUUUCUGGGUGUUAAACGUACCCAUGCCUGAAUUAACAUCUAUAUUCACAGUCUAUGCCUCGAUUCUCAACGGGUCGUUUGGUGCUCGGAACUUCCGGAAGGCAGUGAAGGAGCAAAUAAUGUCUUUGAUAAAGGCAACCAUGAGCAUUCAUAGCGAGGUAAGCUCAAGAUUCCUCUCGUGCAUAUAGGCGUUAAUAGGAUAAAAUCGCACGCGCGUUUUAGAAACCUCGCUUGUUUUCCGAUAGGUAUCUGUAGUACAAAGUUUCCGCAAAACCGCGGUCAACUUUCACUAUGAAUUCAACCUACGCCACUUGACAAAUGUCUUCCAGGGAAUCUUGUCUGCUUCACCGCAGAAUAUGCAGGACCCUGAAAAAUUGGUACUGCUAUGGCUUCAUGAAUGUGAGCGGACCUUUUCCGACCGACUAGUAAGCCAAGAGGACGCUUUGAGAUACAGAGCAAUUGCGGCUGAGUGCACAAAGAGGACAUUUGGGAAGCUCAACCUGGGAAAGUUUGUGCAAGCGAAAAAUCCGGAACCACUUAUUUUUGCUCAUUUUGGAAAAGAGGGAACAGGAGCAUAUGAUUUUUCAGCAUAUGACCGGAUUGCAACGAUGGACGAACUUGCGACGGUCCUCCGAGGAGCACUGAACGAUUACAACGAGAUAAAUCCGGCAAUGGAUCUAGUGUUGUUCGAUGAUGCUAUGCAUCAUGUCUGUAGGAUAUCUAGAGUCAUCAACAACAGAUCAGGUCAUGCUCUUGUUGUUGGUGUCGGCGGCUCGGGGAAGCAGUCGUUAACCAGGCUGGCGUCCUUUAUCAGCGGCUUUUCUACUCAGCAGCUGUGCAUAUCGUCUACAUACGAUGUUCGGGAUCUCAAAACCGAUAUAAGGAGCAUGUACUCCAGGGCAGCAUUGAAGGAUGAAGGAGUGGUGUUCCUACUGAGCGAUGCACAAAUCGCAAAUGAGCGAUUUUUAGUCUACGUCAACGAUAUACUUGCUUCAGGGGAAAUUGCUGACUUGUAUGAGGGAGAUGAUAAAGACCAAUUAAUUAAUUCCAUUCGGCCACUGGCAAAGGCUGCGGGAGUAUCUGACACUCGAGAAGGUUGCUGGAGCUUUUUCAUGGACAAAAUUAAGCGUAAUCUGCACAUGGUAUUGUGUAUGUCACCAGUACACGAUAACCUGAGGACUCGGGCCCGCAAGUUUCCUGCCCUCGUCAACUGUACCGUAAUCGACUGGUUCCAGCCAUGGCCAUAUGAGGCCUUACAUUCAGUGGCAAGCAAAUUUUGUGCGGAGUUGCCCAUCGGUGAUGGAGAUCGUGCAUCCGUUGUAGAUUUCUUGCCUUACAUGUUUUAUGCCGUUAACGAAGCGGCAAAAACUUAUCUGGAAGUAGACAGAAGAUAUGCGUACGUUACGCCAAAAACGUUUAUAGAGGCCAUGAAGCUCUACAAAGUCAUGUUGCUCAAGCGCAUAUCAUCUGUGGAAGAACACAGCGACCGCCUAAGUAGCGGUUUGUCAAAGCUAAUGGAUACCCAAGAAAAAGUGUCUGCCCUAGAGGACGACCUGAGAGAGAAGACAGUUACAGUGGAGGAAAAAAGGGCAGCAGCAGAAGAAUUUGCACACAAGGUCGGAGAAGAAAAAACCAAGGUGACAGCGCAAUCCGAAAACGCAAAUAUCGAGGCUCUCAAAUGCGCCGAAAUUCAGAAGUCUGUUUUGGAACAGCGGGCAUCGUGCGAGGCUGACUUGGAAAAAGCAAUUCCCCUCGUGGAACAGGCAGAAGCUGCUUUAAAUACACUAAACAAAAAGGAUUUUCAAGAAGCCAAGGCUCUCAAUAAACCGCCACCAGGGGUCGAAGAUAUCACCGCGGCAGUCAUGCAUUUGCUCGCGUCUGUUGACCCUAUUAUUGAGGUAGAUAAACAAGGCAAACUCAAAGAUAAGAGCUGGAAGGGCGCACAAAAAAUGAUGAACAACCCCGAAAAGUUUUUGCAAACCCUCAAGGAUUUCAAGGCACUUAUUGAUGAAGGUCACGUUCCCGAGCAGAACUUCAAGGCGGUUGAACCUCUGCUAGCCCUCCCACAUUUUAACCGCGAGGCAAUCCAAAAGAAAAGUACAGCAGCAGCAGGCCUGGCAGACUGGGUAGUUAACAUAUAUCAGUAUUACUCUGUUGUUGUUGCCGUGGAGCCGAAACGAAGAGCACUGGCAGAAGCUACGCAUCAACUGGAGGAAGCCAAUAGAAAGCUUGUUGAAGUGCAGGAACUUGUUGCAGAGCUUGAAGAAAAGCUAGGAACUCUUGUUGCGGAAUUCGAUGCUGCGAUAGCGGAGAAGAACGAUGUAGAAGCCGAGGCCGAAAAGUGUCGCAGGAAGCUUGAUCUUGCUCAACGUCUUAUGCGCUCUUUGGGGUCAGAGGGCGCUCGAUGGGGCCAAAUGAUUGAUGACCUUAAGGAACAGCGUCGAUUAAGCGUUGGAGAUACGCUCCUCUCCUCAGCAUUCGUGGCUUAUGCCGGAGUUUUUAGCAAGAAGUACCGAGAUUGGUUACAUCAUGAAAAAGCAGUUCCUUUUUUACUUGACCGAGGAGUAGCUAUCCAGCAGCCAACAGAUGUGCUUGCACAGCUCACAGACAAAGCCGAAAUGGCUCUCUGGAGCAACCAAGGUCUUCCAUCUGAUGCAACAUCUUUGGAGAACGGUGCGAUAGCCUCUUGCACUGAACGGUGGCCACUGAUGAUCGAUCCCCAGUUGCAGGGGAGGAACUGGAUCCUGGAAAAAGAGAAGGUUCACAGACUUCAGGUAUUGCGUCUAAAUACACCUCAGCUGGUAGCACUGGUGGAGCAAGCUAUUCAGCAGGGCACCAGUGUGCUUAUCGAGAAUAUAGAGCAGUCUAUCGAUCCUGUUCUGGCGCCUGUGGUCGGCCGAAUGACUAUCCGGAGGGGACGGUCACAAUACCUAAAGCUAGGAGACAAGGAGCUUGCGUAUAACCCCAGCUUCAGGCUUUUCCUGCAGACACGAAUGUCUAACCCACACUAUCCCCCAGAAUUGCAGGCCGAGUGCACUCUCAUCAACUUCACUGUCACCGAAAAGGGUCUGGAAGAUCAGCUUCUCGAUUUAACAAUUCAGAAGGAACAGCCGAAACUGUUCCAGAGGCGACUUCAGCUUGUACAACAGCAGAACGAGUUUACCAUUCUGCUCGCUGACCUUGAAAGUACCCUCCUGAAGGACAUAUCUUCUGCUGAAGGCGAUGUGCUGGAAAAUACGGAACUUAUCCAAAACCUAGAAAAGACGAAGAUGGUCACCACAGAAGUAUCCGAUAAAGUCGCUCUUGCAAAAGUGACCGAGGAAAAACUGAACACUCUUUCUGAGAUGUAUAGGCCUGUGGCCCGCAGAGGCGCGACUUUAUUCUUCCUGCUGGCUCAGCUUUUCAAAAUCCAUAGCUUUUAUUUGUUUUCUAUGGAAUCCUUCGUGGCGGUGGUCAACAGGGCUAUUGACUCAAUUUCAACGAGGUCUCACAACAGUGGAAACGAGGCAGCCUCUCAAGAUGAAUCAGACGGAGAAGGAACAGAUCCACAGCGUGCUUCACACCACCAUUUUCCAAGUGGGGAGGGUCCUCUGACUACAGGAACUAAUAUAUCAUCUUGUCACGACGUUUCAAAGGACAACUCUAGCAGGAGCGAAGCUGAAAUAGAAGCUUCUCAGUCUCCUGACGAUUCCGUUAGACCUGCCGAUGCAACCGUCUGCUAUGGAGGCGGCACGGUUUCCCAGGAAGAACCAGAAUCUGCGGAGCACUGCCCGGCAGUGUCCAUGGCAAGCAGCGCUACAAAGCAUAUACCUGAUGAAAAGGAGAUAAAUAAUGAUGACAGCGAUAUUGAAGCCGAUGCCUCUCGUGUUGCUUUGUUAAAGGACGUUAUCACCAAGUUUACCUUCGUAUCAUGCAACCGGGGUCUAUUUGACAAGCACAAAUUGACUGUUGCUGUUUUCUUAGCACUGCGAAUCAUGGUGGAGCAAAAGUCUGUCACAGAGGAGGAGGUUCGUCUUCUGUCCCAAGUUCGCCCUGAUCCAAGUGCCCCUCCUAUACCAGAGUCAGCCCGGUCGUGGCUUGGAACAGCACAGUGGGCGUGUUGCCGAUCCUUGGAACAGCUAAAAGCAUUCAAAAACAACCAGGUCUCUCUCUUGCAAAACUUUGAUCAAGAUUCUCUUGGAUGGUCUAGGUGGAUAACAGAAGAGGCACCGGAAAAAGCUGAUCUGCCACGACUAUUUCGGGGAGUUACUCAAUUUGAAAAAUUGCUGGUUGUGAGAUACCUUAGACCAGAUAGGAUGAUGGCGGCACUACAACAAUUUGUCGCAGCGCAGCUUGGACAGUUCUACAUAGAGCCUCCGGCAAUCGAUAUACGUGAAAUCGAGAAAGAGGCAGACAGAUUCACUCCAUUAUUCAUUGUCCUUUUCCCCGGUGUUGACCCAACACCCGCAUUAGAAGCAAUUGCAAGAUCAAAAGGGUGUACAGCUGACAAUAACAAAUUUGUAAAUAUAUCAAUGGGUCAAGGCCAAGAAGAGCGAGCCCUUACUGCUGUGCAGACGGCAGCCGAGACAGGCGGCUGGGUUGUGCUACAAAACGUGCACCUGAUGCAGGAUUGGCUCAAGCGCCUUCAACGAACAUUAGAGGCGGUCAGCGUAAAAGCAAACCACCAGUUCAGGUGUGUCGUGACUUCUGAACCGCCACCUCUCCGUGACAUGCAAAUCAUACCAGAGCCUUUACUUCAACGAAGCAUUAAAAUUGCAGACGAGGCUCCACAGGACCUCAAAGCCAACCUCCGCAGGGCGCUCUCCUGCUUUUCCCAGGAGUUCAUUUACUCGUGCUCACGUCCACGGGAAUUCAAAGCUUUAGUCUUUUCCCUGUGCUACUUUCAUGCACUGAUUAUUGGUCGCAAAAAAUUUGGCUUCCUGGGCUGGAGUCGGUCCUACUCGUUUAAUGAGGGGGAUUUGACGAUUUGCGGCAAUGUCAUUAAAAAUUAUCUGGAUAAAUAUUCCGCAAUUCCGUUCGAAGACAUUCGAUAUAUUUUAGGAGAGAUAAUGUACGGAGGCCAUAUCACAGAUGGCUUUGAUCGUCGACUUAAUAACAACUAUCUGGCAAACCUGAUUUUGCCAGAGGUUCUCCAGAGUUACCAACUUGGACCUUCCUUCCGAACACCUGAUCCAGCAAAGACCGAUUUUGUUGCAUACCAAAAAUUUGUAGAGGAGAAAACGCCACCGGAAAGCCCUCAGGUAUUUGGGCUUCAUCCUAAUGCUGAACUGGGGUAUCUGAGCUCGAAGAGCGAUGAGAUGUUUAGUAGCCUCCAAGAAGUCUCUGGUGUUGGGAGAGUUGCAAGUACUGGAAAUAGGAAGGAUGGUUCGGUGCUGACAGUGGUGGAUUCGUUGUUGGCAAAGGUGCCAAUUCCAUUUGAUGCCGCGUCAAUUCGCUCCAAAGUCAAAGAUUUUUAUCCAGAAACUGUUAUUUGCCUUCAAGAAGUGGCAAGGAUGAACAUUCUACUAACCGAGGCGAGAAGAACGCUGGAACAAGUCAAGAGAGGGCUGGAGGGGGCAUUGAACGUAACAGAGGCAAUGGAGCAGCUUGGAGCCUCUCUGUACAUGGGCAGAGUACCCGAGGCAUGGAAACCCUACGCAUACGCGUCGCGAAAGCAACUGGGUUCUUGGUUGCUUGAUUUGGUGGACCGCGUGAAGCAACUCGAGGCAUGGAGCACGGAAUUCACCCUUCCUUGUCCACUAUGGAUUUCUGGGCUUUUCAAUCCCAUGUCUUUCCUGACAGCAGUGAUGCAGGUACGUGCGCGAGCGGAAUCUCUGGCUCUUGACCGCAUGUGCCUGAGGUGGACAGUGACAAAUAUGCGAUAUGGCACUGAGGCAACAACAGUUCAGGGCGGAACGUCACAACAGACGCCUGUGGCACCUCCCGAUAAAGGAGUACUAAUCUAUGGGCUUUUCUUAGAAGGAGCUGCUUGGGAAGAUGGCAAAGGAGAUGUGGAGGGCAACCUGACACAUGCUCAGCCAAAAGUACUCCAGUAUCCGAUGCCUGCCCUGAUAGUGGAGGCCAUUCCAACUGCUGAGGUUGACAACACUUGCAUGUAUAGCUGUCCCGUGUAUCUAACAUCUGCAAGAGGCCCCACUUACGUAACCACUGCGAAUCUCAGCUUCGCCAUGUCUACUAUGAUGGCACUUUGUGCUAUAUGCGGUUAUGCGGGUGCAGAAUGA